AUUGAAAGUUCGUGCAAAAAAUAUACGGAUUUCACGUAUCACAUUUCAUUUCAAUUGAAAAGUACGUGAUGGUUGAUGUAACCGUUUUUAUACAACUAACUCGGACGCGAUGCGCCGUAAAGAGAGAUUAACAAUCAUUUUAAGAGAGGGGUGUGUCUUAAUAUUUUCACGGAUGUUCCUUGUUUCAUAUAUUUUUGUGUUGCUUUCGCGUGUUUGGAACGAUUACCUAUAACAACAACAAGUUGGUCGCGCAACGAAAGGCAUUACAUUUCGUUAACGGCCUGUUUCGCAAUAGGUGAACGGUCAAGGUACGUGCACAUACGUAACAGAGAGUAGAGAGCGACCGUAAAAAUGCGAUUUUAGAGCGGGCGUGCCGUAGAGAUCCGCGUUCAAAAAUGACGCAUAUUGCGAUAUCGUUAAUAUAGAGUGUCCCGAAAAUACCGGAAAUCUUUUUAAAAACAAUUUCCUUGUUAACGAUAGAUUCUCUAAUCGACUUGGAAGUCAGUCUUUCCUCAGCAAGAAUGUCGAAGUAUCGUGCGAGAGAGAUGACCAGGAAAAUGGAACGGAAAAUGAUAAUUACGUGGAACGAACGAAACAUUUUAUUGGUUUUUUGCUUUUUCGUCACGUCAAUUACUCUCACGUCGACAUACGAUCCAAAUGACAAGUCCCUGAAGGAUAUUCUUUUGCCGGAGGGUCAGUUUGAGGCGUUUUACCUGAAAGGUAUGCAAGAAGAGGAGCAAAACGCCGUGAGACCGCCCCACCUUCAUGGGUCCUUUCAUCAGCACCGAAAUCCUGCAUUGGUUGACGCGCCCAACAGCGCGGCAUACGGAUUUCGUUUCGACGGGAAACGUCGCUUUAACUUCAGUUGAAUUAUCGCGUAGAAAAAAAAAGAUACUUAAAUGAAAACGAAAGAGCAUUGAAUAUGACAGAAAUAUUACUGACGCUUUCAUCAAGAAUUGCGGUUAUCGUUGAAAUAUGAAGAUCAGGAGUACGUAGAUGCCAGGCAGUUAGCGGUUAGACGGUUAGAUUUGCAUCAUUUUGCUUAGUCAAGCGUGUAAAUUGAAAGUAUUUAUGCAUAAGAAAAUUUCACAUGUGUAUCCUCUUUUCUUUAGAUGAAAACUGUGAAUGUGGUUUUACCAUAAUUAUUUUAAUAAUUAUAUAGUUGACAUAUUUU